GUAUAUAUUCUAUUCACUCAUUUCGACAUUGUACCCGUACCUAUGUAGAUCCCGGUACUGGGGCAGAAAAGGCAUACGAGGCACUGGAACAAUCCUUGAAAUAUUUGGAUUGUGAAUACAUCGAUUUAUAUUUGAUGCAUUGGCCAGGAGCUGAUAGAGAAAAUUUAUCGAAAAGUGAAGUGGAAAAAUGGCGUUCCAGUGUCUGGCAACAGCUAGUUAGAGGGAAAAGAAACGGCUUAACGAGAAAUAUUGGAGUGUCCAACUUCAACCUUGAUCAAUUAAAGGAAUUAUUGGCGAAUGACCAUGGUGUAAAGCCAGCAGUGAAUCAGAUCGAGUGGAACCCUAAUUAUCACCCAGAUGAAGUAGUGGCAUUCUGCAUAGUAGAAGAAGGUAUAGUAGUCCAAGGUUAUUCAUCUUUAGGGGGAACUAGUAAUCAAGAUUUAUUGGACCAUCCGGAAGUGAAGAAAAUUGCCGAAAAAUUAGGGAAAACCCCUGCGCAGGUAAAUAAAUAUAAUGGUGGAUGUAUACAACGUAAAAGGUUAGGCUGA